CAGUUGCAGAGCCAUGGGUUUAGCUUCCGUCGUCCACAAUGGACCCCACAUUCAUCCCAAGCUCGAUCGUUGCUUCCUUCUUAGGGUUUCUCCACGAUCUCAAUCCCCAAUUCGGACCUCCUUUCACUACAAUUGCCGCCAAAUUCCUCGCCUUCCUACAGCUCGUCGAAGUGGCCGAUGCCAAUUUUCGCCGGUUUCGUGCUCGAGAGGGACUGAACAGCGGGGCGAUUUGUCUGCCUCAGCAUCCGAAAAGACCAAGGAAAAUGAAAGAUAUGCUUCGUCUGUUAGAAAUGUGGCCUUCUGGGUAAGCACUGCGGUUGCAUUUGGCAUCGGUUUGGGGCUUAAAGAUGGAGUCGAAAAGGCGUCGGAGUUUUUUGCUGGGUAUAUAUUGGAGCAAAGCUUGUCAGUGGAUAACAUGUUUGUCUUUGUUCUAAUCUUUAAGUACUUCAAAGUGCCACAUGCGUAUCAGAAUCGGGUACUUUCUUAUGGCAUUGCCGGUGCAGUGAUAUUUCGUUUGACGAUAAUACUUCUUGGGACAGCAACACUUCAGAGGUUUGAGGCAGUAAACAUUCUACUAGCUUUGAUACUACUUUACUCAUCGUUCAAGCUAUUUGCUACUGAAGAAGAUGACACUGACCUAUCUGACAACUUUAUUGUGAAGACAUGCCAGAGAUUUAUCCCUAUCACAGCUAGUUAUGAUGGCAAUCGAUUUUUCACAGUUCAGGAUGGCGUACGGAAAGCCACACCUUUACUUCUCACCGUAGCAGUUAUUGAGCUCAGUGAUAUUGCAUUUGCAGUUGAUUCUAUACCAGCGGUAUUUGGUGUUACACGGGAUCCUUUCAUAGUAUACACUUCUAAUAUCUUUGCCAUCAUUGGUUUAAGGUCACUUUACACUCUAAUUUCUGAGGGUAUGUCGGAAUUGGAGUAUUUACAGCCAUCCAUUGGCGUUGUUCUGGGCUUUAUCGGAUGUAAAAUGAUACUGGACUUUUUUGGAUUCCAUAUAUCUACAGAGGCAUCCCUUGGUUUCGUCGCUACAAGUCUUGGCGCCGGGGUACUCUUAAGUUUGUUAAAGAAGUCUGACUAGCUUAAGAAGAUGUCGAGUUAUCAACCUACAGUAACAGGCCUCAAUGUAAUGUUUUUCACCUGUUUUAUCGUUGAAGAGGACGAUGAUUUAAGGGUGAGGGACUAAGAAAAGAAUCCAUUGCACCAAUAACCACCGAUUCAUUUUCUACCAUGCAAGUAAAUUCGACAUCAGAAGACAGCAAACAUUUGCAGGGACUGCUUGUAAAUUGGUGCACUUGCCUGAACCCGAAUCAGUUUUUGGGUUAAAUUGAGCAAUGAUACUUGUAUCUCCUGAGAAAGUGGGAUGACGUACAUAACAUCCUAAAUUUUCCUUCAAUCCAAAACAGUCUUGGGAUUGAA